AUGAGGUACAGCCAAACGCACUCGCCGGAAUCGCAAUCUUUGAUACUCAACAACAAGUACACGAGCUGGAGCGCUUACUUCGGCGUGGAUGCGUUUUUAAACGCGGUGUGGCACAAUGUUUUUAGCAUGAGCGUUUUAGCUUCGUUGCUUUUCCUUUCCGUGACGAUCGGAGCGAUGUCUUUACCUCCACCAACACAUUUCUACACGAAACACACCGGGGCAGCUGAAAACUCGUCUUCAUCGUCGUCGACGUCGACGACGAACAAACUUCUCACGACGUUCUUCUCUCUGAGACGAACCAAUGUUGGCGGUAACAAGAAAGGCAAUAAGAUUAAGAAUUACGUCGUGAACAACAAGGAUGAUAACAAAAACAAAAACAAACAGGCAGAAGGAAAACUUGGUGGGAACAGUUAUCACAUACCGAGUUCCUUAUCGUAUAAAGAUAUUUUGGAUUCGCGAACGAUGCUUCUUCCAGAACAACCGCGAAUGCCAAUGCACAUACUAAGCUGGACGCCGCAUUACGAGUUCACCAUGUGGACUCUCAAACAAGUCGACGAGGAGUUGAAUGUGGACGACAGAUCAUCGGGCGCGGUUGACUUUUUAUACGCCGUCGCUUCGACUGAGUUUGCCGAUAGAUUCGACGCGUCGAAUGCUGAGAACCAACCGUUCCAUAUGGGUUGGGCGACGCAAGACUACCCACAGAACCCGUGCGCUGGGUCGAGUAGCGGAUGUGGCUCUAUGCCGGCGCCAAUAUUCACCUUUGGAACGAUACCGAAGGACCCAACAAAGAUAGCUGGAUUAUUACAAGCGCCGACGUUGCCGCUCGCCCCGUGCAUCGCGCACGCAUAUAACCCAGAUAAAUACGCUCAGUGCGACUGGUUUUCGUCACCAUCGCAAUGCUCGGAAGAUAAAAUGUACAUCGAAACGUACGAUAGCAACGCGGCAAGAAUAGAUAAGUACAACUCGCUCAUUCCAAAAUUGGUUUGGAGAGGAUCAGAUUGGCGAUAUCUUUCAGAGUACGAAAGUGUCGGAACUGGGAGUGGAUUUGAGUUUUUGCACCAACUUGGGCUGUGCCACGCGAGUCGGUCUACAAUCAUAGAUGCCGUGUUGCACUCGUCGCCGGCGAGCACGGUGGAAAAGCGAGUUCCACCGCGAUUGUACGCCGCCGUACUCGGGUCGUUGAAUCCGGAGAGUUUCGACAUAAAGUUUACGGACAGAAACGAACACGCGCCGCAAUCUUCCUGCAUCGACGAUAAAUUCAAUCUUUUCACCUCUGACGAGAUGGACGCUUGCGAUUACUCAAAUUACAAGUAUCUCGCGGACUUUGGAGGUGGAGGCGGUACUUCGUGGAAAUCUACCCUUUGGUUUCUUGGCAUGCCUGGCGUUCUGUUUCAUCACGAAACGCCGAUGCGAGAUUCGUUCUACGACGACAUUCAGCCGUGGGUGCAUUAUAUUCCUCUCGACGAGGAUCUUUCAAACUUAGAAGAACGGGUGAACUGGGCCAAGGAAAAUCCGGACGAAUGCGCGUCUAUUUCCAAACGCGCGACGCAGUUUGCGAAGAAAAUGAUGAGCACGGAUGGCUUAAUAGAGCACACGAAGAAGACGUUCGUGGAACCGUUUGGGAAAUAUAUCGACGCGUACGAAAUACUUGCCUCCGACCAGAAGGUUUCUACGGCAGACUUAAGUACAAAGUAUUCUAGUGGUGGUUUAGAGACGGUGAAGUAUGCGCCUAGUGAACCGGCAUAUUUAGGCAACGCGGAACGAGGAGAGUGA